CAUGUGCAACACAAAGGGAGCCAGCUUUUCUGGGGCCUCCCAGUUCUACACAGCGAGUCCCUGGUGGGUCACAGCAGAGUGCCUGAUGCCUCACUAGAGUUUUCUACCAUUUUAUUCAAUGGACUCUGUAAUUAUGUCCCGGCACUAAUUCAGUCCAGUGUUUCUCCACAACUCUUUCCCCCUCGGGUCCACCAAGUGGCCCAGCCCCACACAUUCACUCCAGCUCUGCCUUCAUCUCAACUCCCAUCUGUGUGUCAGAAACAGAUCCAGGAACAAGUUCCAUCUCUCUCAGUUGCCCCUUGCCAUUCACCUCAAGCCAUUUCUAGUCAUAAAGAUCCAAAACGGAAACAAUAUAUUUCAUGUACUGUUCAACAUCUACAACGUGAAUUUUUGAAGGAGCCAGAGGAAAAGAAAGAUUUUCCUCCUCAGUUCAAAAAACCUCAGAAAGUCUUUAGCCAGCCUGCUGACAAACAUGGGGUCAUCCAGGAAAAUAAGUCCCCUGGAAAGAUCUCAGUAGAUAUUAUCUACUGUAAGGUCCGGGAACAACUGGAGGAACAUGUUCAAAAAAGAUUGAUGUGUGGGCUGCCCCCGAAGGCUCACCUCUUUCUGGACAGGGUAAACAACCCAGGAACAAGGAAGACCAAGGAAAAUUGUGAGCCUUCCCAGACUUCAGUGAUUUCAGAUAAAAGCAGUCAGGUCAUACAAAAAACCAUGUCAGAGUUCCCAGAAAUAUCCCAGGUAGAGAAACACUCAAGCAAUGACCUGCAGGAGGCACCAAAAGACCUAUCCAAGAGUCUAGAAAUCUCUGCAGUAAAUAUCCUAGAGUUCAUCUGUGAUCCAGAAUCACCCAGGAAGGGGUUCAGACACUAAGAAGUGUUAGGCAAUGAUUCCGCAAGCAGGCCAGAUAAGAAGAAUGUAGAAGACAGUGAGAGAAUUUGUCCAGGUGGGAAGGUUGAGCAGACAGGAGGAAGAAUCCCUGUGGGUAAUGGUCUUUCCACCCUUACUGUAGACCAUGCCUUUGACCAUCCUGUAAACUCAAACAUCCCCAUGAAAACUGGGGAUGAACCAUCUUUGAAGGGUGAGGGGUAUGGCAGGAACACCCAGAACCUCUCUGUCCUUGAUGCUGGGUCUGAACAGGUGCUGGAAGCACAUUUGAAAAGGUUCUGUGUGAGACACAGGUGGGGCCUAGCCUUCAAGGUCAUCAUGGUCAUUUUGAAACAGAUAAAGACUUGCACCUCACUGCUUCCACAGCCUGCUUCUUCCUCCUCAGCCUCCCAAAACUGCAAGGCUGACUCCACUAGCCAGCAUGUCUGUUUUCAGGGAGAACUAUCUCAGAGUAUUCCAAGAGACAACAUGAAAACAACUAUAUCUGUUCUCAAAAUACAAGGUUGUGUCACUGGUCCCUCAGUCAAAUAUCUGAACGAGAGAAUGUCUGCUGAUGACCAUGGACCCUCAGAAGCUGCACCAACUAGACGAGAGACCAGCCUCAGUGCUCAGUCCCAUAUGUACUGCCCUGAGAGCAGACCCCAGCAUCCUGAUACUGUCUCAAGGCCAGGGAGAGGCAGCGUUGGUCCAAGUCCAAUCACAGUAAUGGGCAAAUAUCAGCCUCAGGAGCAAAGAGGUGUGGUCUCCAUAGACCCUUCCCAUCAUGGCUUGACAGGGGAGGUGAAUGUAGGCUCUCCACGUUCAAGGGACAGAGACAUCCAGAAGACAGUGGAGACAGAGGUGAAGAAAUUCUCAGACUGGGAAGUUGCUAAGGGAUCCAGCAGGAUGUCACCCUCCCCAAAUCUUAAUGUGAGCCCCAGGAGUUUAAAGUCUCUGGGAUUCAAGAAAAGCCUGCCCUCCCCCAAAAUUUGUGCUUUGAAGGAGCCAGAAGACUUCUACUUGGGUGCACAGGCGGCGUGGAAAAACAAGAGUCAGGAUUUGCCCAGCAGCUUCCUCCGGAAAGACUUUGCCCCUGGCAAAGUCUUUCAAGACUCUGCCUCAGAGAUGCCCCUCACCAAAGACAUCCAGGCUUCUCGGGCCCAUAGAGCCAACACCCAAAGAGCAUCCACUAGCAGCAUAUCACCUUCUCAAGGGAUAGUCAACCUUUUAAUAGGGGACAGAAUGAGCAAGGAUCAAAAGGAGCCCAGGAUCUCAAAACUCCAGAAUCCACAGCAGAUCAAGAGCAAGAGAUUUGGUCCACCAGAGAGUGGAGGGCACUUUGUGAGCCCCAGUAAAAUGAUCACUGGUUGCCCAAAACCUUCCAGAGGGAUAUGCCACCUCUCAGGGAGGGACACAUGGGGCCAGGAACAAAAGGAGCCCAGGGUGUCCAAAUCCCAGGAGCCCAGCAUGAGCAAUUGCCACCUAAUCGCUUCACCUGAGAAGAGAGGGAACUUUGAGAGUUCCAAAUCAGGAGGGAAGGAUGAGCAAUGUGCCGGAAGAAGGGGGGUUGGAGAGCUGAAGCCCCCUUCUCAGGUCAGGGAGGUCAGAGGUAUCACAGGAGGCAAGAUUCUGCCCGAGCCAGAAAAGAAAACGUCACCUUCAGAAGCUACCAUUGGGAACCGAGUCAGGAACUUUCUGCAGAACAUACUGCCCAAGAAAGACAGAGCCGAGGCAGAGCCCCUGCAGAAAGCCAAGCCCCCAGCCCAAAGUCAAGGAUCAGGCACAAAAGGCAGAGUAUUUAGGGACACAGGCAGUGCGGAAGCCCAGGUAAUCAUGACCACUGUUGGACGGAUCUUAAAGGACAAACUAAGGCUACACCAUGAAUUUUCUGCCUCAAAAGAAAAUUUGCAGAAAGGGGCACCCCAGGUAGAUAGGUGGUCCGCCUGCCACAAGAAUGCUUCCUCUCCACAGCAAAAGAGAAUCCUGAGCAACAUGGCCUGUGGUCCACAGGCCAGGCCCCAGCGCCCCAGCCAUGUGACUAAUGGAAGCCUGAGCAGAGACAAGUCAAGCAAUCCUGCCUUCCCACCCAGGGAGCCUGGGCCCCUACCUGGUCACUUCCACAGGAGGCCCAUGGGGGCUGGAGCCUCAGAGCCCCCUGUUCACUGCCCCAGGCACUGUGCCAUUCAGAGAACUGUGUUCCCCAAUCAGUCACAUAAUGCUUCCCAUAUCCGUCCUGGGGAAAAAUCUUUGCUGAGCAAACCUGCUCUGUCUCAUCCAGGCAGGUCUUAUAUGGACCAAGGUCAUCUUUCUACAGAGAUGUCUGUGGAAUCCCAAUAAAUGACUUUUUCUCAUCAGA